ACUCGAUCAUGAUCGCGAUUUCUGAUGCUGCUGCUUCGGGUUGGCCUUCGCCGCACGCUGAAAGCUCAACAGCCUGCAUGUGAUGGCAAGGCGAGACAGGACGCGAUAUCUGUAUCGGCACCGGUGCAGCCAGCACCUGCGGUACAGAGUAGUAUCAUCCAGCGGGACCACGGCUUGCAGCAGGGCGUGCAGCAGCAGCAUGCGGAGCGCUCACGCACGGCUUCCACGCCUACCGAGGUCUUCUUCCCGUGCGAGAAAAUUUCAUGGCUUCUCUCAAUCUUGACUUUUCGGAGUCGGGCCACCAAGCUGCGAUCAUCACAAUAAGCACAGCGCCAUGCCGCUGUGACCGGUUUUCAAAACCGGUCACCCUUAAGAAAGCGCAUGCUCCUUCUGUCUCUGUGUGCCAGUGCUACGACAGAGGCAAGCUAGCCUUUCCCAUCAGCCACAAAGACGCGCAAGACGAGACCCGAAAGCUCAUCGCCGCUCGCAACUUCAGCCAUGGUCGGGCCUUCCUCACAGCAGCAGCCUUCCAAGCCGCGAGGACCAGGAGCUCCUCGAUAUGAAGCUCAAGAGAGGUCAUCAGAAGAUGGCAGCGCUUCCUACCACUCCGACUCCUCUUUUGAUCCGGAAGAUGAUCACGACUUGGGAGAUUGGGUAUCGGAUGAAGAGGAGCAGCAAGCAAGCGGGGCAGUCCUAAAGAUGCAAGGCAACGAGUCGCUGGGGUACGCAUCUACUUCGCAAAGCUACUCUAGCCGCAAGGUCAGGUACCUCGCUCUGUUCCCGAAUGCACACGGGCAACUCGACUGCUUCAAGACGGCUCAAGAAGCGCUGGACGACGCCAGCGGUAGGGGGUGUGAUGUGGUGGAGGUCGUGGCCAGGCUUCAGCUGGACCCGCUGCAAACCAUCAGGCUGCUCAAUCGUCUGAGACGGACAGUAUUGGAGCCAAAAGUCGGCCAGGUCGAGGCGUUAUCUCCUCGGUCAGUCGCUGAACUGACUGGUAAGGAAGCCUGGCUUGACGACGACGCCGAGCUCAUGCCAGUCAAAGGAGCGGAGUCCGAUGGCUUGCUGCAAACUGAUUUCGAUGAAUUGAUAGCGCAGAGAGAUGGGCCGCAAGACGCUGCCCAUCCCACCCGUGCUCUGCGCGCUCGCAUACAAGAGCUGGAAACUCUUUUGCAGUCAUCACAGCUCUCCUUCGAGGAUUUGCGACAACGUUACAUGUCUGCACUUUCGCUCGACACCCCUGCUGGUCAUCUUUCAGACAAAGGCAAGAAUAGAUCUGAUCAAGCGACCCGCACCUCCGAUGCGUCAAGAGAGGUUCCGAAGCGCGACGACGAUUCUCACUAUUUCACCAGCUACGCUGGACAUGACAUCCACCAAACGAUGAUUUCGGACGUAGUCAGGACUCUGAGCUACGCCAAAUUCUUGCUGCAUCCUCGCAACGCUUCGUUGAUACGGGGCAAAACUGUCAUGGAUGUUGGCUGCGGCAGUGGAAUUCUCAGCCUCUUGGCUGCACGAGCAGGGGCGAAAGAGGUCAUCGCUAUUGAUGCAAGCGACGUCGCGGAGAGGGCAGAGGCCAACGUGAGGCAAAAUGGCUUCGCUACCACCAUUCGGGUCGUCAAGGGCAAAGUGGAGGAAUUGAAAGAUGAGCUGAAAGCAUACGAAGGCUCAGUCGAUCUUCUCGUGAGCGAGUGGAUGGGCUAUUUUCUGCUCUACGAAUCAAUGCUGCCCUCGGUACUCUAUGCGCGAGACACGUACCUUCGAUCUGGCGGCGUUCUAGCACCAUCGCACUCGAGAAUGACACUUGCCGCGCUUUCCGACAAGAAGCUUGUUACAUCUCGCCUGGACUUUUGGAACGAUGUGCACGGGUUUGAGAUGCAUAGCAUGAGGCAUGGCUUGGAGGAUGAGGCGUGGACGGAGCAUGUCUCCAGCGAAAGCAUCGUCAGCAGUGUGGCUACUAUACAGGACUUGCCUUUGGAACACAUACCCUCCAAACAACCCAACUUUGUCGCGCCUUUCUCACUGAUCAUGAGCUCAUCGACAGCCGUGCAUGGUUUCAUCUCAUGGUUCGACACUUGGUUUUCGCCGAAUCACCUGCCUCUUCCACCCAAGGGCCGUCAAGAAAUGCCCGGUGGCGAGGAAUUGGCAGGAUUAACCCCCUGCGAGACGAGGACGCCCGAGCUUGCAGAUGUCAGAGGUAUGAACCUGCGAGGUGGUGCGAUCGUUGAUGCUGCCUCUGAUGAAGAUGGCGGCGAAGUGGUCAGCUUCACAACUGGUCCCGCGGGCAAGGAGACGCACUGGAAGCAGACUCUCUUCAUUCUCAAGGAGCCUAUCCAGGCUUCAAAAGGAGACGUCAUCGAGGGAACCAUCCACGUGUCAACAUCCGCGGGAAACUCUAGAGAGCUCGAUGUGGAGCUUCACUACAUCACAUCGCCUCCUACGGGUGCCAAAGCCGUGCGCACCGAGACGGUGCAGCUGUUUGCUGUGCGAUGACAUUGCGAGAGAUAUGAAUGCAUCAUCUUUCUAAUGGAGCUUGCUGCCAAUAUGACGACAUGCGUGUCUGGCACUUUGUAGCGCCCUCAGAAGAGACGUUGGAGGCGCUGUUCUACCGACUUGCAUGGCCCGGAGGAGGACACGGAGCGUUUGGGGGCACCUUGGAGUUUUUGCGUCCAGGCCAGUUGGCUGGAGCGCAGAACAAGCAGUACCAUUUUGAUCUGGGUGCAGAAUCGAGACCCACGCAGCUGUAGUGGAACUGAAUGGAAGAGAAGUGCUCAGCGCAGGUUCCGCGUUCCGCAAUCUGCUCGAUGCGGUAAUCUCACCCAUUCGCGAGGACAGUCGUCAUUGUCGCAAGCGACCAUCUGU